GGGACCGACACUUUCCCUCUCUUGCCGCCCGUCGGAGAAACCCCUUCGUUAAACUACAACUCCCAGAGGGUCUUGCGCGAGAGAGGCGCGUCCUUCUGCCGGAAGUCCGUUCCAGCCCUGGGCGCCCCAACUACGGCCACUACAGGAGCCAUCCAGUCGCCGUGGGACCUGGGCUGCUGGGGUCCGGACAGGGGUCGCCAUGAUCCGCUUCAUUCUCAUCCAGAACCGCGCAGGCAAGACACGGCUGGCCAAGUGGUACAUGCAAUUCGAUGACGAUGAGAAGCAGAAGCUGAUUGAGGAAGUGCACGCCGUGGUCACUGUCCGAGAUGCCAAACACACUAACUUUGUGGAGUUCCGGAAUUUCAAGAUCAUUUACCGACGCUACGCCGGCCUGUACUUCUGCAUCUGCGUGGACGUCAGCGACAACAACUUGGCCUACCUGGAGGCCAUCCAUAACUUCGUGGAGGUCUUAAACGAGUAUUUCCACAACGUCUGUGAGCUGGACCUGGUGUUCAACUUCUACAAGGUUUACACAGUGGUAGAUGAGAUGUUCCUGGCGGGCGAGAUCCGAGAGACAAGCCAGACGAAGGUGCUGAAGCAGCUGCUGAUGCUACAAUCGUUGGAGUGAGGUGGCCACCCUGUGCCCAGAUGCUGCCCACUCCCAAACAGGCCCAGCUGGCAGCCUCCCUGGAGGAAGGACCCUGGGGGCCUGGGCCACCAGGGAGGUGGCCACACCCUGCCGCCUCUGGGUCCCAGUGUGGGCACAAGAGGCCACCCUAUGUGUCCUGAGUAACCAUGUCAAUGUUGUGUGAUGCCGUGAGAGUGUGUGUGUGGAGUCCCCAAUAAACCUGCAUUCCUGCCUGGCCA